AUGAAAAUAUUUUUAAUUCUGCUUUUAUAUUUAAAUGUAGCUAUUUCGGAAAACAAUGAUACAAUCACAAAUAUCAUAAAAACUAAUUUAAAGAGAAUUAAAGAAUUGGGUUAUGAAGAGGAUGUUUCAAAGAUAUACGUCGAUUCUGAAUUACAAGAAUUAUGGAGGAACUAUGUGAUUGAAUCCGAUGAAUAUAAGCUUGCUAAACUGACAAAAUCAACGACUUACAGGCCUUUGGCGGUACCCACAUCAUCAUUUACUGGAAGCCCACCGAAUAUAAUUCUAAAAGACAUACCUCGUAUCGAAAAUACUGAAAAAUUGCAAAAUUUUACUAAAAUAGUAGAUUUGUCAAAAAAUCCGAAUACAACUACACUGCAUAAUAAUGAAUUGAUAGAAAGAAAUGGUACAAUUUUUGACGUACGCAGGCAAAUUAAUAGCCAAGCAGGAAUGAAAGAUAUGCAAAAGAGUAUGAACGAAGCGCAACCAAACAAUGCUCCAACUGCACGGAUAGAAGAUAUUCGGGAACCCUACUGGGAGGAUGGACACUGGGUAUUUGAAAGAACACCAACGCCACCUCCGGGUCGGGGUGAAACAACUUCGCAAGUAUAUUUUGCAACUACAAACCCACAAGACUGCGAUCCAUUUUGCUCAUACUAUUUCAAAAAUCACGGUGUAGUUUGCUGCCAUCGAUAUACCGUGAUACAAAGGAAGAACGAAUAUAAAACGUUUUCGAACAUGUGCGAAAUGGAACAAUUCAACUGUAGGCAACUAACAAAGCGUAAGUGGCAUUUUUACAAAUUUUUAUUUAACUUGCUGUGUAGGUAUGUGUGA